CCGUCCACCUGCAAGCCUCCGGGACGCGCGUGCGACGUAAGAACCGGCCGUUGAUUCCAUCCAGCCACCAAGAAUGGGCACGGGAGAGGACGACGACGCGACGACGGCAGAACAAGACGGAGAGGAUGAUGAGCAGACGCGGGACGUAGGAGGAGGAGGGGUGAUGGCGAGCCUGGUGGGCAAGGCCAAGGGGUUCGUGACGGAGAAGAUCGCGCAGAUGCCCAAACCCGAGGCUUCGCUAGAGCGGGUCUCGUUCAAGAGCAUCAGCCGCGAGGGCGUGGCGCUCCACAGCCACGUCGACGUCAGCAACCCCUACUCGUACCGCAUCCCCAUCUGCGAGCUCACCUACACGUUCAAGAGCGACGGAAACGUCAUAGCAUCAGGCACGAUGCCUGACCCCGGGUGGAUCGGCGCGAGCGGCACCACCAAGCUGGAGCUGCCGGUGAAUGUGCCCUACGACUUCGUCAUGUCACUGAUGAAGGAUCUGAGCGGGGACUGGGACCUCGACUACGUGUUGGAGGUCGGGAUCACCAUCGACCUCCCCGUCAUCGGCACCUUCACCAUCCCGGUCAGCACCGAGGGGGAGAUGAAGCUCCCCACGUUUCGGGAUUUGUUCUGAACAAUUUAGCUGCACGCUUUUUUGCCCGACCUUACCUUCUGGCCUCUGAGUGAAAAAGGGUAUUAUUUCUUGUUUGAUCCGUGGAUGCCUGUUGAAAUUAGAUUUCUGCUGCAA